GUUCCAUUACCCUUCUCACUUGGGCGAACACCUUUGUACCACGUCGGCCACAGCUUCAUCUACUGCGUACGCCAGCAGUUCCUCCAACAAUAGCUUAAUCACUAAACAUACUGUCAAAAUCCGACCUCAGCAUGAAUUCACUGGCAUUCGAACGUGCACCUGGCCCAUCGCGGCGUAACAACGGUCACCGUCGGCCAAAUCCCACGUCAGGAGAUGCACCGACCAAUUCUAGGGCUGGUCAACGACGCAGGAAAUCACGCUCCCCGGACGCGUGGAAUUCUCAGCUCCAAGUUGCCGCGCAGAGAUCUGAGCCAGCUCAAUCCGAAGCAGGAAGGAAAAAGAAAUCGACAGCUACCCUGCCUUUUGAUAGCAGACCCUUUCUUGCACCACUUGACGAUGUCAAUCCUGAGAGAGGUCGCAAGCACAAGGCCAAAUCACGUCAGCAAGGUCGCUCAGGAGUGGAGCACCAGGCUACUGCGUCUGCUCUUGCCGUAGAGAACAGGCCCAAGAAAGAUAGGUCCAAGUCGAGAGACUCCGUUUGCAGACCUAUUUCGAAAGCUCCGACAUCCGAUUCCGAGGGUGUCCAGGCGCUUGUGGACCUUCACCUCGAAUACCAGGGCCCACUCGCGGCCGCUGAAUUUGCAAAGCUUAAGCGGGAAAUUGAAACGUGGAAGAAAAUGGCUCAUGACAAUAAGAAGACAAUAAAGAAGCAGAAUAAGAUAAUUGAAGAGCUUCGGCAGAAAGCAACCGCAGAUGAGAAGAAACUGAAGGAGACGGAAAGUCAAGUGAGCAAGGCACAAAACAAAGUGAAGAAGUCUGAAGAUGCCAUCAGCAAUAUCGAAACGAAUGUUCAAUGCCAAAUUUGCAUGGAGCUGUUACUCAAACCAUAUGCGUUGUCACCAUGUGGUCACGUUCUUUGUGUUUCAUGUCUGCAGGAGUGGUUCAAGAAAGCACCCCCCGGCGAUGAUGAAAUGCACGACGACGACGACCCCGAUUACCUACUCUUCCGAAAGAAGACCUGUCCAUGCUGUCGCGGUAACAUUCGUAAUAGGCCCAUCCCUGUUUUCAUCGUCAAAUCCAUUGCAUCCGCAUUGUCAAAGGUUCGAGGAAUGUCUCCCAACACUUUAUCGCCCACCGCUGGAUCCGCUGCCGCCGACACGGAUCCAUGGGAAGGUUUAUUCCCGCCUGACGACGAAAUAGAGGACUAUGGGAGCGAUGAUGAUGAUGACGAAGAAGAUGACGAUUGGCUCGAUGAAGAUGUCUUCAGUUAUGGCACUGGGAGUGAUGAUGAUCCAUAUGAUGGCGACUACGUCUUACCUCAGUGGGAGCCACCGGCAACCGUUAUUGACGAAGAAGACUACCUCUUCGACCAAUUGGGCCACAAUGACCUCAACGUCCUUCGGCGCGGUGCCACGCUUGCUAUGCUCAAUGAAUGCGACAUGUACUACGUACACGACGAGGGACUUGUCGCGCACGACGGGCAUAACAAUCGCAUCUUCCUCGGGUGGAAUAUUUCCCUCAGUGCAGAUGAUGAAGAUGGUUCGAGGUACAUUGAAUGGGUCUCGCAGGACAUGGAUGAGCGCCCGGAACGCUGGAGGAUAAUUCAUCUUGAGAAUGGAAAGUAUGAGGCACAUCGGCUCGUCCCAGAGGAUGAUGUGUGUGAUUACAGUGACUCUGACUCUGAACACUACAUGGCAGAGUCUGAUGUUGAGUUUUAAUGUCGUUCACAGACACUACCCUAUUAGCAAGCUAUCAGCAGACAUUUCGCAUUGCCGCCCUUGUACAUAGACUCUUAUCCCUGUCCAUGCCCUGAUCAGCUUGCAGAUGUAUCGGACAAGUCGGAACUUGAUGAUUCUCUUA